AUGGCAAUCUGGUCUUUAUUUAACUUCCUGUGUAAUAAAUUAACAAGUGUAAUAGAUGAAGCAUCUUCAAGAGGAGAUAAAGAUCUUUUGCACAGGGUACUGGAGCUGGUACUCAAUCACGAUAUUUCCGACUUUUAUGCUCCUGCAACAAGUGCCUUGUUACAACAUCAGUGUGAAUUGGGUGAUCUCGCAGGAGCUGAUGAGACCCUCAGAUUUGCGCAAUCCAUGAAAGUGCGGCUGAAACCUGAUGAACUGCAGAGGUUCCUGAACCUUCUAAACCAUCAUAAACGCCCUGCUCCACUCACCUGUCCUUAG